UUGGCCCGGACCCGGUCUCUAUUUGCGGCUCUUGACGCGCGGCGGCCGACAGUCCUUGGGUCAUAUCUAUUCUAGGGGCACUGGGUCAUCGCGCUCAGCCGGCCCCCUCCUCCAGGCCCUGAGGGUGUGUCCCCUGCACCGGGGCUCGCCGCGCCUAUAAGGGGCCGAGCGGCGGGCAGGGACAUGCAGCUCUACAGCAGCGUCUGCACUCACUACCCAGCUGGGGGACCAGGUCCCACGGCCGCAACUCCCGCGCCGCCUGCCGCCGCCGCCCCAUUCAAGGUCUCUCUUCAACCCCCGGGACCUGCCAGCGCCGCGCCAGAGCCCGAGACCGGUGAGUGCCAGCCCGCUGCGGCCGCCGAGCCCCGGGAAGCCGCCGCCGCCCCCACCGCCAAGAUGCCCGCCUUCUCCUCCUGCUUUGAGAUGGUGUCCGGGGCCGCCGCCCCCGCCUCAGCAGCCACCGCCGGCCCGGCGGGCGCGUCCUGCAAGCCGCCGCUACCGCCGCACUACACGUCCACGGCGCAGAUCACCGUGCGGGCCCUGGGCGCCGACAGGCUCCUGCUGCAUGGGCCCGAGCCGGGUUCCGGCGCCGCGGCCAGCGCCAACCCGCGCGGUCGCUGCCUCCUGCUGGCCCAGGCUCCCGGGGCCCCGGUGCCGCCGCGGCGGGGCUCCUCGGCCUGGCUCCUGGAGGAGCUGCUGAGGCCCGACUGUCCCGAGCCCGCGGGGCUGGACGCAGCCCGGGAGGGACCCGAUAGAAACUUCCGACUGAGCGAGCACCGCCAGGCCCUGGCCGCAGCCAAGCACCGAGGCUCUGCGCCGCCCCCGGGGAGCCCGGAGCCCAGCCCCAGCCCGUGGGGUGAGGAACACCGAGCGGAGAGGAUUCCCCGGGGGUGGGAGAGAGGUGGCGACCGCAGCGACUCUCCCGGCGCCGAGACGGCGCGACGGCUGGACCUGGAGACCGAAGCUCCCCCUGCACGGAGCAGCGAGGUGACCCAGAGUAGCGGAGCCGAGACGGUGGUGGUCUCCAGGUCGGAUCCCAGAGAUGAGAAGCUAGCCCUAUACCUGGCCGAGGUGGAGAAGCAGGACAAGUACCUGCGACAGAGGAACAAGUACCGAUUCCAUAUCAUUCCCGACGGGAACUGCCUCUACCGAGCUGUCAGCAAGACCGUGUACGGGGAUCAGAGCCUACACCGGGAGCUGAGGGAGCAGACGGUGCACUACAUUGCCGAUCAUCUCGAGCACUUUAGCCCUCUGAUUGAGGGCGACGUCGGGGAGUUUAUCAUCGCUGCUGCUCAGGAUGGGGCAUGGGCCGGGUACCCCGAAUUGCUGGCUAUGGGGCAGAUGCUAAAUGUGAAUAUACACUUAACUACUGGAGGGAGGUUGGAGAGCCCCACAGUAUCAACCAUGAUUCACUAUUUGGGCCCAGAGGAUUCCCUAAGGCCUAGUAUUUGGCUCAGCUGGCUCAGCAAUGGACACUAUGAUGCAGUUUUUGAUCACUCCUAUCCUAACCCAGAGUAUGACAAUUGGUGCAAACAAACUCAAGUGCAAAGAAAACGCGAUGAAGAACUUGCCAAAUCCAUGGCCAUAUCCCUAUCCAAGAUGUAUAUUGAACAAAAUGCAUGCUCUUGAAAUGUCUGAAAACCUUACACCCUGGGGAAAUUGCGUAUAUAACUUGUGUUUGGAAAAUCACAUGAACUCUAAAUCAGGGUAACAGCACUUUUAAACUUCCUAGUAGAUUUACUGUAGGUGUAAAGCCUUAAUCAUUUUUUGAAUGUUUUCUCAGAGCUGAAGGUUGCUGGGCACCUAAAUGAUUUGUUUCAUGAUAGCUUUGGGUGAUCUGCUAUUUAUAAUUUGCUGUAUAAAGUGAGCACUACUUAAUUUGCAAGUUAAUUUCUCACAGUGUAAAUUUGUUCAUUCCUGGUAGUCUAUUUUCUAUAAAAACGUAUUUUUGCACAACAUUUUUAAAAAUGGUGUUACCUUCAUCUAUGAUGUGUUCCAUUUUGACAGACAGCUUUCAAGCAUAAAUCCAGAGAAAUGCUUUAUAUAAAAUGUAUUACUUUGAAGUGAGUUUGUGAUUUAGUAGUUAUUUUAUGUUGUUGAAAUUUGAAUUUCACAAUUCUUCCAUAAUUAUUUCAAAUUGAUAUUGAUGCAUUCAUGUUACCAGAUGAUUGGCCCAUUCCAUUUUGAUGUAAUAGAUUUUUUUAAUUGUUAUUUUUCUAGAAAUGGUCAGUCUUUAUAAAGAAAAAUGCUUAAGGGAUGGCUGUGGGGAGAUUUUUUUUUUUUUUUUUUUUAACCUUUAAGGGAUAGUACCAGGUCUUACUUGAAUGAAAGUCUGAUAUUUGCUGAUGGCAGAAGGAUGAUUCUGUACUCUUGUUAAUGUUUAGAGUAGAUUGUCUGGUGCUCUCCAUUGUUUUUAUUUACAUGUGUCAUUUUGUUACAAAAUAAUUUAACAUGGUAUAAAAUUUUGGGACAAGAUAGGCCUCCUGCUUUAUAUACUUUCUUUUAUAUCUACUUGGAUUCAACUAAGAAAAAAAAACUAAUAGCAAAAUGUCUGGACCCAACCUUGGCAGUUAUUUUAUAGCAGGAGAAUACUCUUAAUAUUGUGUUCCUUUUAAGUUCUUCCAAAAGCCUAAGUAGGAUUGCCAUGUAUUAUGUAAAAAUGUCUGCAAACAGAGCUUAUAAGGUUUGCUGGGUCAAACAGUGUUUCCAACCUAAAAUCUAUCUCAUUGCAACUUUAACUACUUUUAGUCAUAUUUAUUAAGUAAUGCAGUUUGUACUUUUUUAUUUUGUAACAUUUUGUGAUUUUUUUGUACAAUUCUGUAUUUGUACAUUAGAGCAAUUCUCAGCUGAUGGAAUGAAUGAAUAAAAUGCACACUUUUACAAUGUC